UUUAUGUCUUCUAGUAUCGAAUUUUGGCCGCUACAAUGGAUUUACUAUUCCGUUUUUCCUCAGUCGAUAACAAUUCAAAACUAAUUGACUAGGAAGUUAUUACAUUCACAAACACACACACACGGAGACAGUAUUUAGCUUUGCACGAAGUCACUGUCAUGCUACAGAACUCGGAAACUUCUCGCCAAACGAGAAGCCAACUAGCUAACGAACAUGAAAUAUGAAAAGGAUGUAGAAAGGUUGACCCCCAAAAUUACGAUGAAGCCUACCUCAUAAAAUUUUGUUAAACCUCGUCAAUCACCAAAUAAAGGAGCAUAACAAGCAAUUCCAUCAUACAAAUCUGAUUCCUAUUUUGAGUCGAAGAUGAACAACAGCACAUCCACUAAAGACUAUGGUUUUAACUCAGAUGGGUUCGCAUAUGGAGUAGCUUUUGUAAUUGGGUCGGUGGUCUUACUUCUGACGGUGACUUUUGCAUGUGUGCGCCUUCGCAUGGCUCGAGGUCCCAACAUGCUAAAUAUUUUGGGUGGAAUUCCAGCAUCUCAUCCCGCAACAGAUGAAGACUCAGCUGAACAAGGGGUUGGCCUUAGACUCGAUGACAUUGACACAAGCUUUGAAAGGUAUCCGAAACUCGUAUACUCGGAAGUAGAGAAGAGUUCAAGUUCAAGCAACAUCCCUUCUUGUAGCUGCUCCAUCUGCUUAGGUGACUACAAAGAGGGUGACAUGUUGAGGCUACUUCCUCGCUGUGACCAUAUUUUUCACCUUGCUUGCGUUGAUCCAUGGCUUAGGUUGCAUUCAACAUGUCCCAUAUGUAGAAAAUCAUCUCUUCAACCUUCACUUCUUCCUCCCUCCACUUGAUAUUCCACUCUUGUAUUCUAUUCAUCAUCAACUCUCCAUUAUAUACUAUCAAUUAUUUCUCAUCCACUUCUGCUCAAUUCCUCAUACCUACU